CAUAUUUCUUAAACAGAAUGCUUGCUAUGACCUUGACUUUCGUCCUGAGGUGUAUAUAAGCUGAGGUCCAACCCGAGGCUGAUCCCAUUGCCUGUUCUGCUUGCAUCUGGUACCCACAUUUGCGUAGUUUCGCCAUGAAGUCGCUGUCGAUGAUCGUGGCCCUUGCUGUGGUCGCUUCCUGCCUGGUGGGCUGGGCCAGCGCCAUGCCUGAGCCUUACGCCUUAGCUGACGCCGACGCUGCAGCUGUCCCCGACGCUGUUCCUAAAGCUGGCGCUGAGGCCGAUCCUCACUUUGGAUUCAGAAGAGGGGGUUUCGGAGGCUUCGGAAGAGGUUAUGGGGGUUUCGGAGGCUUCGGAAGAGGUUAUGGGGGUUAUGGAGGCUUCGGAAGAGGUUAUGGGGGUUUCGGAGGCUUCGGAAGAGGUUAUGGGGGUUUCGGAGGCUUCGGAAGAGGUUAUGGGGGUUAUGGAGGCUUCGGAAGAGGUUAUGGAGGUCACUUCGGUCGCGGCUUCUGGUAAAAACCUCCAGCUCAUGACACUCGGACAGUGACGAUUGCUUUGUUACACUGGCCUUUUCAAGCCGAAUUUCCGUUUUCACAGGAGUCCUGAAUAAAAUUUAGCCAUAUGAAGAAAUGAC